AACAACACCAGCAAAAACAAGACAUCAUCAAAAACUCCAGCGUGUGUCUGUGUUUCUUUGUGAGCUCGUGACCGCGUGUGGGUGCGCGCACGUAACACGAGAGCAUAUGCGAAACCAUUGAAGUAUUUUUGCUGUCGCCAGCUCGACGAGACCACACUCGCUCAUACAGGCUUGCACUGCUUCCCAGUAACAACAGACCAACGAGGUCAGAAAAAGAAAGUCACCCCGACCGCCAGUCGCAAGAACUGAAGACCUGAGGUCACGACACGACAGGAGGCGCAGCACGGGACUUGUCUCUCGUUUGGUUUAUGGCACAAAGAUGUCAUCCAGCCUUGCAAGUAGCAGAUCCUUCUGGUCUUGAAAGGUCGAUAAUCAACGGCGUGCGGGGAGGAGUGGGAUAUAUUUGUCCUGUUUAAAUCAAUCCCCUUGCACCACCCCUGUCCUCCCCCCUGUCAGAUGCCCACUUGCAGAUCAGAAAAUGUAUUGAAAAAAAUAUCAGCCAUGAGCUUGAAGAGAUUUACGACAAUGGCCAGUGCCAAGCAGCUAAGCACAGUUCGAUAUCAUGAAAACGCUUCAAAAAUCAAAAACAAAAUUCAGGGCGAAAAACUAAAAAAAUAAGGGAAUGCAGUACAAAUCCUCUCUAUGCGAUGAUUAAAGGGCCGCCACCAGAGGGCCUUCACAUUGUCCGAAUGUGUUUCUAGCGAAUGUUUUACAUGAUGGUAAUACAAAAAUGUGCCUAACAUGAUAACAUAUUUGAGAAUGUAAGAAUUCCAUUUAAAAACCUCUUAGGGAAGGUUCACCGAUGAUGCAUGGAAGACUGUCGAAUCACCUGAGGAUAGAAGAAGAUUCGCAAAACCAACCCCAAUGCAAAUUUUGGGUACUCACAAAAGCACACCCGAAUUAAAAUUUUUUGCCAAGAUAUUUACAAGGCCAGAAAAAAAGUUGCAGAAUAAAAUACGAGAACCAUGUACUCAAGCAAUACACGACCCAGGGAUGCUUCGAGAACAUGAAAAUAAAACGAGGUAGGAAUCCACUCGAUGCUGGCGCCUGGCUGUAAGGGUCUCAGUCCUGAUGGCGACAGGGAGAUUGUCACUGAGACAUGAAACUUUACACAACCUUGUCUUAAAAUAAAAGUAUGAUUUGUCCUAAUCUGGUCACCACUUUGCCGCAGACUCACCAUGGACUUUGCCUUAAGCAGCGACCUUUGUCGAUGAAACGUGGACAGAACUACUGGAGGAGUGGCGAGGGUGGUCAUAGUCGACACUGGAAUAGAACAACCUCUGGCGUACGUGUCGGCGAUGAUUAUAAAGACAACGGCUCCUCUGACCGUCAGGCGGACUGCGAAUGGUCACGACAGGGGAGAUCACCCUUUGUCCGCAGAGAUUCUCACGCCUUUCCAUGCUAAAAGCCCGGAAAUGGAAAUUUUUUCUCUCCACGAAGCGCCGCUUGAUUGAAAACUACGCAGUGGUUGAACAACUCUAGGUAUGCAGACGACCACAGCGAGGGCUUAGCAUCAUCGGGGUUCUCCCCUGCCCCCACCUUUCACCCCUGACACAAAAAGCGCAAAAACAGGGAAGUCAGAACAUAAAAACAGGCUGUGUCUCAUUAGUGUCGAAAGCAGGAGCUACAGUCGUUUGUCAGGUGUUCACAGACAAGUGAGAAGUUGACAUGAUGUCGACAAACGACGACAAUCUGACGAUGACAUACUCUGGCUUCUGAUGAGACGCUCAUCGACUGCUGUAGUACGAAAGGACAGCUUCUGCCGCACUUUGCUGUCCUCCACAACGACUCCUGUCGUGAGGCUGCUGCGACACCGGGGGCCCGCGCGAGCACGUACAGGCGGAUGUCUGUCAACAGCAAGUAAACUGCUGUGUCUCGCCGCAGCUUCCGCUGCUGCUGUUGUUGCUGUUGCAUUACACGAGACUUGUCGAGGGUCUGUCGCAAGCUUGUUGCUGUGUCGUCUGCACUUGUGUCUGCAGUCUAUCGAGGAGCGCGUGCGUGUGCGCGACGAGUGCGUCUGUCGGUGGCGCCGCUGGUGGUGGACGGAUGAUGCUAACCGUGUGUCUCGUGUCGUGCAGCUUAACUUCUCCAGCCCCGGGACCAUGAACCAUGAACGACAACGUGCUGCAACCUGCUGAGAGAAACAGGACGGCUCUCGAUGUCCAUGGCCGCCUGCACCUGCGUCUCCAUGACAUGGGGAAUGACACAUGGCUGGGCUACAUCGAGGACCGACGACGUUACAACGAAAACGACGACAUCGGAGCGCUGUACUACGUCAUCGCCGUCAUCUUCAUCUACGGCCUAUCCAUCGUCAUGAUGAUCGCCUCACACAUUCGCAAGAACAAGCAGGACUGCCAGCUGCGGGCCUACCUGAAGGAGAUGGCCAUCCUGCGCAAGGCCGACCGGCGCGAGAAGCUGAUGGGCCGCAUCUCCACGCUGGCCAACGCCAACAAGUUCAAGGCGCCGCCCAAGAACGACGACUCCAAGGAAGAGACAGAAGGUUUGGUGCGGUCGGGUUCAAAAGGCACCCCGCGGAUCGAGCCCAAAGUUGGCUCGACGAAGCACUCGGCGCGCCCCGCCAGCGCGCGGAGCGUGGGCGGCAACACCUCAGACGACAGUCGCUCGCUGCAGCUCUUGAAGAAAGGUUUGGGCGACGACGACGACGGUGCGAGAACGGAGGAGGAGGGCGGAACUGACUCAGUUUUUCUGCCUGUGGACUUUGCAAUGGAGAUGAACCGUCUGACUCCCAUGGCGACGCCCAUGACAACGCCUUCCGCUACCCCCUCACCUCCCGCUCGCCACAACGUGAAAAUGAAGACAAGGAUCUGCUUUGUGGAUGAGGGAGACAUCUUAUGACGAACUUGUCCAAAUGUUUUGGUGGAGAAAAUCGCUUUUUGUGUUUGAUCAUUCUUUUCGGCACAGUGCGAGGCGUGUGCUCAGUGCUUUGAGGAGUGAUGCCAAGCAGACCGAAUCACAGCUACAAGGGGAUUACCAAGGAAGAUUACCCUAACCCCCGUCACUGUCCCCCGUCCUUCUGGUGCACGGGAAACCUCGACAAAACAGUAUCAUCGUUUUACGAGGUGUAAAGAGAGGGUGUUCUGGUGACUUUUGACCGUAUGUCGACAAGAAAUGAGUUUGUGAUUUUCAAAGUGGAGUUUGCUCUCGGAAUAUUAAAAGUUCUACAGCUACUCCAGUUUUGUGUCCUCGCGAAGAAUGGAAACAAAAUUGAUUUCUGCUUAAUUGUUUUUCUUUGGCCUGUUGGCAUGGGGUACCUGUUACAAUGAACCGUCUGCUCGUUAUGUCAGAGGUCAUCCCCAGCGACGCAGUCGUCAACCCCUGCAGCUGCCUUUCCGACAGCUGGGUCAUGGCACGUGACACCAUGGUGACGCGAGACUGCUUUGACAAAGUUUGGCGCCACCGCCAGUCUUGCCACAGGAGAGACAGCCUUUGAGACAUUUUUGCUUCCCGCAAGAUGUGAGUGUCAGGCCAUCAUGUGCGAUUGCGACUUUCCACAAAGCUUGCGACCAUAUAUUUGUGUGUCAGAAGUCAGAUCGUGUCCAUGUUUGUGUCGCACGGCUUUUCACAGCUUUUUGCACUGUGUGUUGCUUUGCCCACGCUUGAUCUGGUCAAGUAAAUGACAAAUAUUUAUUAUCUUAUAGUUGGCAUAAAAUAAACAAUGAAUCUCAGAAAAAUAGGUUUAUAUAGAGUUAUCACUAAUAAAGACUAUUCAAAACAGCAGCAACAACUCUCAUCUGUAAUCGAAACGGGACAAGUUUUGUAUGGUCCACCAUUUUGACUUGCAGUCCACAAAAUUUUAAGGUAUAGCCCAUGAUGUCAUGCCACUGUCACACUUCUCUCCAAGAGUGACCAGAAGUCGAAAAGUGUUGGUGAAAACCACAAAACUUUUAAAAAAUCCAACAAAAUACCCAACUUGAAUCCUGUGAGUUUGAUAGUGAGUUUGCUGUCUUCUUAGCUUGUUUUUCUUAACUACAGGCUUAAUAGGAAAUAACGAAUGACAGUGGUUAGUUUUUUUUUAAUCGAAUACCACUUGCUCUUUGAAUAAACGGCACAUGUAAAAUAAUAUCCUUACAAUUUGAAUAGUCUGAUGCUAACAGAAGUGAAUUUAAAUGUGUCAAAAAAUAAAAAAAGAACGCUAUAAGCGUAUAACCACUUACAACAAGAAACAAGAGGACAAGAGAGAUUUUGUGUGAGAGAUGGGAUGUCAACUUUUUUUUUUUUUUUUCUUCCUCUUAUUCUUGUUCGUGUUCUUGCUCCUCGGCUUGAUCAUGGUUUUUGUUCUUAAUCUUGUUCAAAUCUUCAUCAUCAAUCAUCCAUCAUCAUCCAUUCAUUAUCAUCCAUCAUCCAAUCAUGAUCCACCCACCAUCCACCCACCAUCCAUCCAUCGACCAUCCAUCCACCCAUCAUCCAUCCAUCCACCCACCAUUAAUCCAUCCUCCAUUCUCUCCAUCCUCAUCCUCCUCCUCCUCCUCAUCAUCAUCAUCAUUCGGCAUGUUUUCUGUGACAAACUCGGCUAGGCAAUACAAGAUCAGUACCAUAUAGUCCAAAAGUGCCCCAGAGAGUUUCUUCCGUGUGAAGGCCAAGUGAACUUUGCUUCCUAAGGCGGUUUUAUCAAAGUGAAGCCGAAACUUGGUCUCGAUAAGGCCAUUGAUGGGAACUGAUCACAUCAUACUCUAUGACAAGUGGCGUGUUCACAAACUUGUCAAAGUAGAGUCCAACUUGAAUAAAUACAUGUCGUAAAUAUUACUGUCUUUAUUGGCAUUCAUCAUG